AGUUAGCAUCUCUUGGUACUGGCAUGAAUACAGUGUGGGCUGGGCUGGGUGGGGGGGUGGCCCAGGUGGCCUUAGGACCCCCCCACCAUGGAAAACCAGCUGUGGCAGGGCACCCUGGGGUGUUGCAGUCAAUACCAAGAAAGCCCCCAGGAUGCUGAGGACAUCCUAUUCCUGCUGCUGGGUCUCAUCAUUCUUGUUAACAUCAGCAUCAAUGUGACAACUGUGGUCAGUGAUUACUGUGGCUCACCCAUAGGGAUGAAGAAGAUGUGGCAUGGGCUCCAGAAUGCCUUAGACAAGAUGAUCUGUUGGAUGAAUCAGAAAAUCCAGGCUACCGAAUGUCUCCUCAAAGAGCCCCCAGACAACUUCCAGGACGUCCACAUCCACUGUAUCCUGGACCCGGUACAAGUGAAGAUGGCGCAACCCACACACUGUUCCUCUUCCUCCUACCACUAUCUCCGUAAGCGCUACAGCAGCAGCAGGCGCCGCCGCAGGCGCUGCCGCAGCCGCCACCAGCAGGGCAGCCACAACCGCUACCCACAGGGCCGCUACAACCACCAGCAGAGGCUUCGAAACUGCAGGCAGCUCUCCCACCGCUACCAACCCUUUCGUAAACAACCUCAAAGCUACAAGAUGUUACAGCCGAGGCCACUGCCCUUUUGUGACCUGGAAAACCGGGAUUCCCUUCCGGAGGAUGACCAGUCCUGCCCACAUCCCAAAUACCCCCAUAGGGACUGGGGUGGUUUUUAUAAGCCAAAGGGUCGGGCAUCCAAUGUAAGACUGUGGGGCCGCCAGGGUGGGAUCCUCGCCAGCCUCCCCUUACCCUCUCUCUACCUGUCACCAGAGCUGCGCCGCUUGCCCAAGCGGGUAGAAGCCAAGUCAGAACUGAGGCUACAGACUUUCGGUCCCCAUUACUCACAGUCCCGGAUUUGGGGAAAUGUGGAAGCUGAGCCUUGGGCUUCACCGCCACCACCUGCCCGCCGGCUGCUUCCUAACCCUUCCUGGGUCACUGUGGGCUAUAGCCCUUUCUCUUCAGGGGGCCACAUACCGCACGAUGCCUGGGAUCAGCGGCGGCGUGGGGUGGACGGCUGUGAGCCAACACCGGCCUUUGGAUCCAGGAACCCCAGGUCAGAGGCCCAGGGCUAUUGGGAGCACAACUCCCCACAGGCCCACCGGCAGACCCUCCCUAGCUAUACCCACAGCCCACCCCAAUCCGUAGGACAUGUGGGUUACAGUUCCCGGGAAUCUCAUGAAGUCCGCAGGCGAGCAGCUGACUGGAGUGAGGUUUUUCCCUCUCGGCAUCCUCUAACCACUUCUACUUCCCUCACAGCAUUGGGUGAGGCUUACCAAAGGGCCCCUGCUGCCAGCUCCGGUUUGAUGAUCCCUCACUCCUCCCAGCCCUUACCUGAAGUCCAGGCUUCUGAUCCAACCCCACCUCCAACCACCUUUGUUCCGCUCAGUCGGAAUCCAGGUGGCAAUGCCAACUACCAGGUAUACGACAGCCUGGAGUUGAAAAGGCAGGUGCAAGAGAACAGAGGGCGGGCCAGCUCAUUGCCACUGCCUUCUGCCUCAGCUUCAAGGCCCUCUCUGCAUAGAAGUCGGACAGGGAAACUUAUAUGACCAGCAGGUGAAUCUGGGCAGAGGAACAGGGCGUGGAGGAAGGAAUAAAG